GGGAAAUACAGGAUUUCGAGCCCACGAUGGCUGCCCCGUGCCACCAGCUGGACCGCCAUGCUCGACACAGGUCGCAUGCUGGCGCUAGCGCCGGUCAAGAAGAAGUACAACAAGCGCACGUACAACCGCGAGCGCCAGCGCAUGCUGCAGCUGGAGCGCGUUAAGGAGCUCACGUCGCUCAAGCAGCAGAUCGCAGACCUCGAGAAGACGAUGGCCGGCUUCUCGGGCCAACUCCCGGCGCUGGCCCGCGUCGCGUCCACGGCCAUGGGCCCGCUCUCGUGGCGUGACAUUGCCGGCGCGCUCAACGAGGCAACGCUCGACUCAAGUGUACUCCACGCAUCACUCCGGCGCAAGGUCGCCCGCCAAGACGAGCUCGUGCGCCACAUGUCCAAGUGGGUGACCUCCAUGCUCCGUGUCGAGAAGCCACUGGACUUUGCCGACGCGUUCUGGAAGAACAUUUCGCUCACCGAGGACCCGGACUCGCGCAAGCUCGGGUGCGAGUGGAUAGCAGAUCACUUGUUUCACAACACGGACAAGACGUUCCAGCAGUGCGGGUUUCCGGACCCGAGCUGCCUCGCCGAGUUUCACCACUUCAAUCUGGUCGUUGACGAGCACGAGCGCUGCCAGUAUGGCUGGAACAAGCAGCGGCUCCUGCCCGUCUCGUUUGAGAACGCCAGCCGCGCCUUCCAAAAGAUCCACGUCGACAACUCGAUGGGCCUUGGCCAGCGCGACUUUCUCGACGACAGUCUGCUGCAGACGGACGCCAAGCGCAUCGACUACAGCCGGCACUCGUUCGUGCUGCCGGACCGGAACGGCCCGCGCGUCGACUGGGAAAACUGGCUCUGCGGCGAGUACCUCGCAAAAGACCGGUAUGUGUUUGUCAUGCGGAGUAUUCACGCGGACCCCAAGUACCCGAUUGGCACCGUGCAGCGGAACCGCAUGACGUGGGUUGUGGUCGACCGGAUCGGUCCGUUGACGACGCGGACGCGGGAGUUUAUGACGCUCUCCAACUACUGGACGAAAGAGCGCGGCAACCUCUCGCUGGACCAAGAGGCGCGGUCAUGGGGCUGCAAGCUCCAGAAUGUCCCGGACCACCUCAAGUACCAGACCUUCAAGCAGCACAUGCAGCGCGGUGGGGACAUCCACGCCGAAAAGUUUACCAAGCAACUCUUGGCGGCCAUCGAGAGCACGCGCGCGCAGUCGCCAUAAUGUACACGAUGUAUCUUGUAUUUGGCAUACGUGGCAAGACGCCGUGAUGAGAUUAGUGUA